UUAUUACAGCCCUGUUGAACAGUGGAGGGAGAGACUGCAGAGCACUUCUGUGUGUGCGGUCAGUAGGUGUUUGAGAAUGAGAAGAUGACUGUGGGCAGAUGUUUACUGAUGGUCAAUGGUGACUCAUUCACAGUCCCCUACUGUCUGUAAACUGGCCAAGCAGAGAUGAUAGAUUGCAGAGAAAGCACAAAAUCCAAUCAAGCCAUCUAUCUGUGCAAGCCGGACCAUGCAGAACAAGACCCGGCUGGAGCUGGCGGACUAUGAGGCGGAGAAUCUAGCGAGACUACAGAGGGCUUUUGCCAGGAAGUGGGAGUUCAUCUUCAUGCAGGCUGAGGCACAGGUCAAGAUCGACAGGAAAAAAGACAAAACGGAGAGAAAGAUUCUGGAUAGUCAAGAGAGAGCCUUCUGGGAUGUUCACCGUCCUGUGCCUGGGUGUGUCAACACCACAGAGAUGGACAUCAGGAAGUGUCGUCGCCUAAAGAAUCCUCAAAGAGUGAAAAAGUCAGUGUAUGGGAUUGUGGAUGACACACAGACUCAGAGUCCUGUACACACACCCUCACAGCAGAGCAGCAAGGACACCAGAGAGGACGUAGAGAAAGAGAUUCUUUUCUUGAACACUCAGUUGGAUCGACACUGUAUGAAAAUGUCCAAAGUCGCUGAUACAUUGAUGAGUUACACUGAGCAGUAUCUUGACUAUGACCCCUUUGUGGCAGUACCAGAUCCAUCUAACCCCUGGAUCGGUGAUGAUGUCACUUUCUGGGAGCUAGAGGCUAGUAAGGACCCGAGUCAACAGCGAGUAAAGAAGUGGGGCUUCUCGUUGGACGAGGCUUUAAAGGACCCAGUGGGCCGUGAGCAGUUCCUUAAAUUCUUGGAGUCCGAAUUCAGCUCCGAGAACCUCCUGUUCUGGUUGGGUGUGCAAGAUCUGAAGAGCCGCCCCCUGCAGGAAGUGCCAGCUCGUGCUCAGGAGAUCUGGCAAGAGUUUCUUGCUGAAGGAGCUCCCAAUGCCAUCAAUCUGGACUCGCACAGCUACGAGCGCACCAGUCAGAAUCUAAAAGACGCGGGCCGCUACAGCUUUGAAGAUGCCCAGGACCAUAUCUACAAGCUGAUGAAGAGUGACAGCUACCCUCGUUUCCUGCGCUCCAGUGCUUACCAGGACCUCCUGCUGGCCAGAAAGAAGCCUGAGACCGAGCAAGGCCGCCGCACAUCCCUGGAGAAAUUCACUCGUACUGUGGGCAAGUCUCUGACAAGUAAACGCCUGACAGGCCUCAUGCAGUCCUCCUGACGAGUCCUGGCUUUUCAGAAGUCCAGACCCCUCCAGAGAAAUUGCCGUUUUUUGGGGUGGAAGCAUCGUGGCCACGGCGGGCCAUGUGUACGGACCACCCUCUCUCCAAAACCCACCCGAACACCGCACAGCUACCGACUCUAGAUGGCAGCAUGCAAUAAGUCCAAGAAAAUCUCCAAACGGCAACAGUGUUGUCUGUGUCUAUUAAAUCAGCGACUGCACAGACUGCAUACAUGAAUGUCAGAUUUCCCAGUACCAUCUAGAGAACCAUUAUACGUUUAUAUGAUACCUAUAACCAAACUGCAGAAAGGACAGGACUGUCUCGCUGGAUAUCCAUUUAAAAACGUUCAUUGUCAGAUUUGAAAACAAGGUGUGCAGUAAUCAGUCCGGUACGUCAACGAUUAAAUCCGAUGAAGCGAGGAGGAUGUCUCAAAUCUUCAGAGCAUUCCAAAGGAGUGAAGAACGUGUCAAGGGCUUUCAGUGACUGUGGUUAAGGUUUGCACAGAACUUUUCUUUGUGUUGAACAGUCACUGAAUAUGAAGAAUGAAUGUGGAAGCGAAGGGGAUCAGAAAAGCACAUUGUUAUUACUCCUGCCAUUUUGAUGAAACUAGAAUUAUUUAUUCUGUGUCUACUGGAUGUGUUAUACUCACAUGAUAUUAGCACAUGAUACUUCUAACUGAGAUGAGAAUGAUGUAGUGAGAUACCUUUUAGACUCAGUUUUAUUGAGGAAUAAAGAAAUACUGAGCUGGACAAUAAAA